AUGGCAGCUUCAUGCUAUUACAGCAGGGUAAGAGGGACUGUUUCCCGAUCGAAAGCUUACACUAACAGCGUGAGACUUCUUCUAAGCAUGUGGCUGGCUCAGAUGGAGUCAACAAUCACGAGUGCAUCGGUCAUCACCAUAACGAACGACCUUGGUGGCUACAUCAAAAACUCGUGGAUUCUGACAGCAUAUUGGUUGACCUCUGGCGCCUUGCAGAUCAUCUGGGCGAAGUUAUCCGAUAUCUAUGGGCGAAAAGAAACCAUUGUUGCCUCGUUGAUCCUUUUCAGUGCUUUCUCAGGAGCAUGUGGGGGGAGUCAGACUGUAACUCAAUUAAUUAUGUUCCGCUGGCUUCAAGGUGUCGGCGGAUGCGGCAUUAUGGCCCUUGGUCAGCUAGUGUUCAUCGAGCUUGUUCCACCGUCAAAAUAUCCACUGUAUAUCGGCAUCGUUACGGCUGUGCUCUCCUCCUCGCUCGUCUGCGGCCCGCUUAUUGGAGGAGGUAUUACCAUGCAUGGCCAUUGGAGAUGGGUCUUUCUUGUCAACGUGCCAGUCGGAGUGGUCAUUUUGGCCGCUUUUCUCUGGAUAUUCCCUCGUCGGCUGAUCAAGGAACCCGCCAGCAAGCGAGAAAAUGCUUCGAUCAGCUCUCUCAAGAGAAUCGACUUCGUCGGUGGUACAUUACUGCUUGGAACCUGCCUUCUGCUUACAACGGGCCUUCAGCAGGCGAGUAUUUAUAGAUUCGAUUCCGCAUUGGUACUCCCAUUGCUAGUCUGCACCGCGCCAUUCCUUCUCGCAUUUCUUGCCUCCCAGUGGUUCAUUACGACAAGGAGGGCCAGUGCGGAACCAGUGUUUCCGUGGAGAUUUUGCACUGAUCGAGUGCGAGCAGCACUUGUCAUUAUUACAUUACUCAACGGAGGAGUCCUAUCAAUAUGCGUUGUUCAGAUUCCACAACGCUUCAUGACUCUAAAUGGGAUGUCCGCCUUUUCCGCUGCCGCUCGCUUGCUCGCAUUCGGGGCCUUUGUGCCUACUGGAUCAAGCGUUGCUGUGACAGUAAUGAGCAAGCUACGAAUAUCUCCAGCGAUUAUCAUGGCUCUCGGUGCAACCCUGCAGAUUUCCGGAGCCGCUCCGCUCUCUCGGGCUCCGACCGGAUCACAUGUAGAGCCGUGGCAAUAUGUUUGUCAAGUUCUUAUAGGAUUGGGGGUCGGUUUCAUCAUAUCGGCUGUCAUGAUCUUGAUCCCAAAGGCUGUGGAGGAAAAAGAUCUUGCCGUCGCAAUGGCCGCCCAGUCUCAAUUUAGAAUACUCGGGGGGCUGAUAGCGGUUUCAAUCAGUGCCACCAUUACCACACGCUAUCUACAGCCGCAUAUACGGAGCUUACUCCCAGACCAGCUGGCCAACCUGCUACUCCAGAGGACGGAGGCUAUACAGCAGUUGUCCGGUAAGACCCUUGCCGAAGUGCGGGUAGUCUUUGGAGAAGCCUACAAUCGAGAGAUGUAUCUCGCAGUCGGGCUUGCGGCUGCGUGUCUAUCGGCUUCUGCUACUGCUUGGAGAGCCCAACAGGACAAGGAUGCUACACCGAGUCCAACAGCUGAGGCUCAAUCCGCAGACGAUUUCAUUACGAAAGCAGAAAUAUGA